AUGGUGGCACACGAAGGUUCUCUGUCAGCGGCGGCUAAACAAGCGGAGCAACUGAAACUACUCGGAAACUCUUGUUUCAAAAAAGAUCGUUUCGGGGCCGCCAUCGAUGCCUACACCGAGGCAAUCACUCUGUGCCCUAACAAUACGGUUUAUUGGACGAAUCGUGCCCUUUGUCACCGGAGGCGCAAUGACUGGGCUAAGGUAGAAGAAGACAGCCGGAGGGCUAUUCAACUAGACAACAAAUCAGUCAAGGCGCAUUACAUGUUGGGGCUUGCACUGCUGCAGAGACAAGAAUAUAUGGAAGGGGUCAGAGAACUGGAGAAGGCUUUGGAUCUUGGGAGGGGUGCCAAUCCUAAUGGCUAUAUGGUAGAGGAGAUUUGGCAGGAGCUUGCGAAAGCAAAAUACCUUGAGUGGGAAAAUGCAUCUACCAAGAGAUCAUGGGAAUUGCAGCGUUUGAAAUCAACUUGUGAACAUGCUCUAAAUGAGAAGUAUUCUUGUUAUGUCUCUCAAAUGGAAGGGUUUAUAGAUGAUGUUGAUGCUUUGCAUUCACAAGAACUCAAAGCUUUAGAAAGAGUUUUUUGUGAAGCUGCAAAGGCUGACAUGCCUACAGAGAUCCCAGAUUACUUAUGCUGUAGAAUCACUCUUGAUAUUCUUCGAGAUCCUGUAAUUACUCCAAGUGGACAUACAUAUGAGAGGGCAGUAAUUCUUCAACACCUUCAAAAGAGUAACUUUGACCCAAUUACACGGGAACCACUUAAUCCAUCACAGCUUGUACCAAAUUUGGCAAUAAAAGAAGCAGUUCAAGCAUUCUUGGACAAACAUGGUUGGGCAUACAAAGUAUAGAAAGAUGAUCAGUCAGUCUGAAGUUAACAGCUAAUUGUAGAUUUAUUACUUAUUUAUUUAUUUUUCCCUGGAUGGUGCUUUUGCUAAAUCUUGAAGAUGGAUUGGAGAUUUAUGGAAGGAUUGAGGGAGUAAAAAGUGAGAAAACAUAUUCAUUUCUUUGCGUUCCUGUCUCUUAACUGUUAUAGUGCAUUAUUGCAGAUUUUUAAACCAUUACAUAAACUAAGUAGUAACUGAUGUGGGAUGUUUGUGCCAUAUGCUU